AUGAUCGUCGACAAGUUUGAGGAAGUUUUGCAGACGGCAGCGCUUCCAGCUGCUGCCUCUGUUGCACCCAUCCCCUCCGUCAUUCCUGGAAGCGAGCCUAUCUACCAGGUUGCCGGUGAUGCUGGACAAAAGGUCCUCUGGGUUGUCUUUGCCAUCAUGUUGGUUGCCUCUGGUGCUUUCACUCUCAUGUCAUGGAAUGUCCCCUUGAACAAGCGUCUCUACCAUGUCGUUACUACCAUCAUCACCCUGACUGCUGCCCUCUCAUACUUCGCCAUGGCUACCGCCCACGGUGUUUCCCUGACAAAGAUUGUUGAGCGUGAGCAGCACGACCACGUUCCUGACACCUUCACCACCACCUACCGUGAGGUCUACUGGGCCCGUUACGUCGACUGGACCAUCACCACUCCUCUCCUGCUCCUCGAUCUCGGUCUCCUUGCUGGCAUGGCCGGUGGACACCUGAUCAUGAUGAUUGUUGCCGAUAUCUUCAUGGUUCUGACCGGUCUCUUCGCUGCUUUCGGCUCCGAGGACACUCCUCAGAAGUGGGGCUGGUACACCAUCUCCUGCAUUUCCUUCAUCUUUGUCUUCUGGCACUUGGGUCUCAACGGUGGAGCCAACGCCAAUGCCAAGGGUGAGAAGCUUCGCGGCUUCUUUGUCUCCAUCUCCGUCUACACUGCCAUUCUCUGGACUGCCUACCCCAUUGUCUGGGGUAUUGCCGACGGUGCCCGCAAGGUCAGCGUUGACACUGAGAUCAUUGCCUACGCCAUUCUCGACGUUCUCGCCAAGGCUGUCUUCGGUGCCUGGCUCCUCAUUGUCCACUCCAACAUGCGCGAGAGCGAUGCUGAGCUCAACGGCUUCUGGGCCAACGGCCUCAGCCGCGAUGGUGCUAUCCGCAUCGGUGAGGACGACGGUGCCUAA